AAUGGUAAAAGUUCUUCGCGGAUCACCCGGCUGCCAACAACCCGCAGAAUUCCGGUCACAAAAAAAAAAAAAUCUUGGUCGCCAAUGGCUGUAUCCGGUGCUUACUGCACAAUCUCCUCGUGCCCCCGACGUCUUCUCCCCAUUCCUCGGUGCGGGCCCUCCUCCUCUUCAAAACCCACACUCAAGCUCCAAAGCUUGGCCUCCUCAACUCUUCUAGCCUUUGGCGCCGGCGCCGCCCUUGCCAUGUCAGCAUUUCUCUCCCCCGGGGAGGCCCUCGCUGCACUCGAGGAGCCAACCAACGCGCUUUCUCUGCCCACCUGGGCUAUACACGUGUCCAGCGUCGUCGAAUGGGUCACGGCUAUGGUUCUUGUUUGGGAGUACGGGGAGAAGUCGGGGUUCGAAGCGUGGAAGGGUCUCUCAUGGGGAAUGGUUCCACUUCUUGGGGGAGCAUUGUGUGCAUGCACCUGGCAUUUCUUUUAUAACUCGGAGUCUCUUGAGGUACUCGUGGCUAUGCAAGCUGGAUUGACUGUUAUUGGUAACAUGACGAUGUGCUUUGCUGCGUUUCGAAUCUUUAAAGCAUCUCAGGAAGGCUCGACAAAAUCCUAAGUAUUCUCAAGGUUCUGUUAUAUAUUUUACUACUGAGGAGCAAGGAAGACCAAGUGAGAGAUAUUGUUUUCCUACUUUCUGGUUGGUGGAUUAUCAUUAUUUCUUUCUGUACCUUCAACCAUAACUGAAAGAAAUAUAUAUAGAAAGACUAAUUGUCUGGUGAACCUGACACCUUAUUGAAAACUAACCAGAAGUAAGUGGAGAUUGAGGGGACUUAUUAUUCCCAUACAUUGGUCCGCUCGAUAACCAUCAUCCUUUUGUUUUAAUUUCACCCUUCCUCGUUCAAAAGUUGAUUACGAAUAUUAUUUUAUGCAAGUAUGUUGUUUAUUACAA